UUCCGGGGCCCGCCGCGGCGGUGACGCACUUCCUGUCCCUGGGCAGGAGGCGGGGCCAAGAUGGCGGCUGCAGCAGCUCUGCGGGCCUCGGCCGGGCCUGGCUCCUGAGGCGCCCCCGGAGCAGGCGGGCUCCACUUCGCCGCCGCCGCCCAGCAGGCCGGGCAUGGAUCCCUCCGCCGCCCCCUCCCCCGCCGCGGCCCCCGUCGGCUCCGACCGCCUCUUCGACUCGCACCGGCUGCCAAGCGACGGGCUGCUGCUGCUGGCCCUGCUGCUCUACGCUCCGGUGGGGCUGUGCCUGCUGCUGCUGCGGCUCUUCAUCGGACUCCAUGUCUUCCUGGUGAGCUGCGCCCUGCCUGACAGCGUCCUCCGCAGGUUCAUCGUGCGGGUGAUGUGCUCGGUGCUGGGCCUCUGGGUGAGGCAGAGCGACCCCCGCCAGCGCAGCCUCCGCGCCCGCGUCUAUGUCGCCAACCACAUCACGCCCUUCGACCACAACGUGAUCAACCUGCUGACCUCCUGCCACACGCCCGUGCUGAACGGCAGCUCCGGCUUCAUCUGCUGGUCCCGAGGGUUCCUGGAGCUGGGGGCCGCGGGGAGCCGGGCGGAGCUCCUGGAGUCCCUGAAGGCGUAUUCCUCCCAGGGGGGCCACCCCCCGCUCCUCCUCUUCCCUGAGGAGACCACCACCAAUGGCCGGGUCGGCCUCCUGCGCUUCAGCUCGUGGCCCUUCUCGGUCCUGGACACGGUUCAGCCAGUGGCCCUUCAAGUCCAGAGGCCCUUCCUGGCCGUGAGCGUCGCCGAAGCUUCCUGGGUCACGGAGUUGCUCUGGACUUUCUUUGUCCCCUUCACGGUCUACCAAGUAAGGUGGCUCCCUUCGGUCUGCAGACCAGCUGAGGAGGCCCGUGAGGAUUUUGCGCUGCGGGUUCAGGAGCUGCUGGCCUUGGAGCUGGGGCUGGCGUCCACCCGACUCACGGCUGCCGACAAAGCCGAGCACCUGAAGCGCCUGCGCCACCACCCCCCGGCCCCCCACACCCCAGCCCCCAGCCAGCCCUCAGGGGCCCGGCCACGAGCUGCCCCCAGCCUGGCCUCUGCCGAGGACGUGCGCUUGAUGGGCCUGGCCCAACACGUCAAGGAGGUGCUGCCCCACAUGCCCCUGGAGGCCAUCCACAAGGACCUGGCUCAGACGAACUGUGUGGACGCCACCAUUGCCAAUCUGCUGGAGGGGCGGGUUCCCUUCACGCCCAGCGAAGCGGAGGGCGAGGACGCCUCGCUUGCACCAGAUGCCUCCCCAGCGCAGCAGCCCACCACCUCGUCCCAAGCCGCGGUAUGUGCAGAGGUCCCCGUGAAGGUCUUUGCCAGGUCCUCGGAGGCAAGACACCUCUCCCUCCAGGAGCGCAAGCGGGCACUCUAUGACCAGGCCAGGAGAAGGUACGCAGAGAAAUACGGGAAGCCCCAAUGCGAAGGGAGCCGCUGACCGGCUCAUGUUUCUUCCUGGACUUCUGGGGCGGACGGCGAUGGAUCUGGACGUGGGUCACUGCUGUGACGGGGCUGUGUGGGCCUGGCAGUGUGUCUCUUGCUGCCUGGGGGCAGAGCCACGUGCCCCCUUUGCCGGGCAAGACGAUGGCUGCGCCCGGGCCCAGAGCGGGGGCCGCAGCCGCCCGGGCUCCCCACCACAGGGCCAGGACUCUGCACUGCCCUGCAGCAAAGACAGGCCCGGAGUCUGCGUCAGAGGGGGGG